AUGACUUCUACCUCAACUGCUGCCCCAAGUGGAGCAAGUUUAAACUAUGUGUUUAGAAACUGGGCCGGUAUUUAUUCCUGUAAACCGCAAUUAUAUUUUCAACCGAAGUCUAUCGAUGAGGUUGUCAAUAUUGUGAAAUUAGCUCAUGAACAAAAGAAAACAAUUGUUACAGUUGGCUCGGGGCACUCACCUAGUGAUAUGUGCCUUACAAACGAAUGGAUGAUGAACCUUGACAAUAUGGAUGAUGUAGUUGAAUUUAUUGAAUAUCCUGAAAAUUCUUAUGCAGAUGUCAAAGUACGUGCUGGUAUCCGUAUUUAUCAGUUGAAUGAUUAUUUGUCGAAGCGUGGUUAUGCGCUACAAAACCUUGGGUCAAUUUCUGACCAAAGUGUUGCUGGUAUUAUUAGCACAGGUACACAUGGAUCGUCGGCAUACCACGGCUUAGUGUCUUCACAGUAUGUGAAUUUAACUAUUGUCAAUGGUAAGGGUGAGGUUUUGUUUUUGGACUCAGAAAAUAAUCCUGAAGUUUUCCGUGCCGCAUUGUUGUCAUUGGGUAAAAUUGGUAUAAUUGUUGAAGCAACCAUUAGAGUUGUUCCUUCCUUCUGUAUUACGUCUACACAAGAAGUUGUGAAUUUUGAAACGCUUUUGGACAAGUGGGACACUAUUUGGACAUCUAGUGAAUUUAUUAGAUGUUGGUGGUAUCCGUAUGUUAGAAAAUGUGUGUUGUGGAGAGGGGUGAAAGGAAGUGAAACAAUUCACAAGCCUAGGAAGUCUUGGUGGGGUACAAGGGUAGGUCGUUUUAUAUACGAAUCGCUUCUUUGGAUUACUGUGAGAAUAUAUCCUUCCUUAACGCCAUAUGUUGAAAAAUUUGUCUUUAGCCGCCAAUAUGGUAAUGUGGAAACUUAUGGACAUGGAGAUUUGGCUACUCAAACCUCUAUCGAUGGUUUGAAUAUGGAUUGUUUAUUUUCUCAGUUUGUUGACGAAUGGGGCUGUCCUUUGGAUAAUGGUCCAGAAGUUCUCCGUUCACUUGACCACUCUAUUAGCCAAGCUGCACAAAAUAAGGAAUUCUUCGUUCAUGUUCCCAUUGAAGUCCGUUGCUCCAAUACUACACUCCCUACAGAACAUCUAGACUACAGUGAAAGAAAUGCUACAAGUCUCGGUCCAGUCUAUGGUAACCUGCUACGUCCAUAUCUUGACCCAACUCCUCAACAUUUACGGUACGCACCGCUAUCAGAUGUCACGAACUCUCAAUUAACCCUCUACAUUAACGCAACAAUUUACAGACCUUUCCAAGUCAACACUCCAAUCCACAAAUGGUUCAUAUUAUUUGAAGAUACACUUGGAGCUGCCGGAGGUAAGCCUCACUGGGCCAAGAAUUUCUUGGGUUCCACUUCUCUAGCAGCAGGACCUACCAAAGAAGAAAAGGAUUACGCCGAUUAUGAAAUGAGAGGCAUGGCUACGAAGAUAAACGAAUGGUAUGGAGAUGACUUGAAACAGUUCCAAAAGAUAAGAUCGGAACAGGACCCUCAUAAUGUCUUUCUAGCGAAUAAGGAUUGGGCUAUCCGUAACGGUAUCAUUCCUACAAAAGAAAACUAA